GGGCCCCGGUGAGGGGGCGUGGCCUGCGCGGCGGCGGGGCGGGCGGUGCCGAGCCGCGCUCCGCCAUGGCGCUGCCGCUGCCGCUGCUGCUGCUGGUGGUGGCGGCGGUGGCGGAGGGGGGAUCCCCGCCGCCGCCGCCCGCCGCGCCGCCGCCGCCGCCGCCGCGCGCCGAGCCGCCGCUGCCGGCCGAGCCGCCGGACGCGCUGUUCGCGGCCGGUUCCGAGGCGUACGCGCGCGGCGACUGGGCCGCCGUGAUCCUGCACAUGGAGCGGGCGCUGCGGGCCCGCGGCGCCGUGCGCGCCCGCCUGGUGCGCUGCCGCCUGCGCUGCGCCAACGCCACGGCCUGGCCCGAGGAGCCGCCGCCGGAGCCGGCACCGGAGCCGGUGCUCCGCGACCUGCUCUUCUUCCGGCAGCUGCUGCGCCGCGCCGCCUGCCUGCGCGGCUGCGGGCCCGCCGCGCCCUCCCGGUACCGCCUGGGCGACGAGCUCGACCUCGAGUUCCGCAAGCGCAGCCCCUACAACUACCUCCAGGUCGCCUACUUCAAGAUCAACAAGAUCGCCAAAGCCGUGGCGGCCGCUCACACCUUCUUCGUGGCCAACCCCGAGCACGCCGAGAUGAGGCAGAACCUGGAGUACUACCAGAUGAUGGCCGGCGUCAAGGAGGACGACUUCGCGGACCUGGAGGCCCGGCCCCACCUGACCGAGUUUCGCCUGGGCGUCAGGUUUUACACGGAGGAGCAGCCCCCCGCCGCCAUCCUGCACCUGGAGAAGGCGCUGGAGGAGUAUUUCGUGGCGGACACCGAGUGCCGGGCGCUCUGCGAGGGGCCGUACGACUACGAAGGCUACAACUACCUGGAAUACAACGCGGACCUUUUCCAGGCCAUGACAGAUCACUACAUGCAGGUGCUGAGCUGCAAGCAGGGCUGCGUCACGGAGCUGGCCUCGCAGCCCGGCCGCGACAAACCCCUGGAGGACUUCCUACCCUCGCACUUCAACUACCUGCAGUUCGCCUACUACAACAACGGGAAUUACGAGAAAGCCGUCGAAUGCGCCAAGACCUACCUGCUCUUCUUCCCCAACGACGAAGUGAUGAACCAGAACUUGGCCUACUACACCGCCGUCCUGGGGGAAAAGCUGGCUGGGCCCAUCGAGCCCCGAGAGGAGAUCCAGGCGUACCGCCAGCGAAGCCUGAUGGAGAAGGAGCUGCUCUUCUUCAGCUACGACGUUUUCGGGAUCCCCUUCGUGGACCCGGACACGUGGACGCCCGAGGAGGUGAUACCGAAGAGGCUGCGAGAGAAACAAAAGUGGGGGCCGCGGGGCCGCGGAGCUGACGGCCGCCCCUGUGCCCAGGGCGGAGCGGGAGACGGCGGCGCGCAUCUCCGAGGAGAUCGGCAACCUCAUGAAGGAGAUCGAGACGCUGGUGGAGGAGAAGGCCAAGGAGUCCGCCGACAUGAGCAAGUUCAUCCGAGAAGGAGGCCCCUUGGUGUACGAGGGGGCCAGCGUCACCAUGAACUCCAAGGCCCUCAACGGCUCGCAGCGCGUCGUGGUGGACGGGGUCCUCUCCGCCGAGGAGUGCCGCGAGCUGCAGAGACUCAGCAACGCAGCCGCCUCGGCCGGGGACGGCUAUCGCGGGAAGACGUCGCCCCACACCCCCAGCGAGACCUUCCACGGCGUGACCGUCCUCAAGGCCCUCAAGCUGGGCCAGGAGGGCAAGGUGCCCCUGCGGAGCGCCCGCCUCUACUACAACGUGACGGAGAAGGUGCGGCGCAUGAUGGAGUCCUACUUCCGCCUGGAGGUCCCGCUCCGCUUCUCCUACUCCCACCUGGUGUGUCGCACCGCCAUCGACGAGAAGCAGGAAGGCCGGACGGACAACAGCCACGAGGUGCACGUGGACAACUGCAUCCUCAACGCGGAGGCCCUGCUGUGCGUGAAGGAGCCGCCGGCCUACACCUUCCGGGAUUACAGUGCCAUCCUCUACCUCAACGGGGACUUCGAAGGAGGAGCCUUCUACUUCACCGAGCUGGAUGCCAAAACCGAGACCGCGGAGGUGCGGCCGCAGUGCGGGCGGGCCGUGGGCUUCUCCUCGGGCUCGGAGAACCCCCACGGGGUGAAGGCCGUGACCAAAGGCCAGCGCUGCGCCAUCGCCCUCUGGUUCACGCUGGACCCCCGGCACAGCGAGCGGGAGCGCGUGCAGGCCGACGACCUGGUGAAGAUGCUCUUCGGGACGGAGGAGGUGGAUCUCCCGCCGGAGACCGAGCCGCCGGCCACCGCGGCCCCCGAGGGGAAGGACGAGCUGUGACGUCCCUCCGGGCAGCGCCCCGUCCCCGCGCAGGCCUGUCCUGCCCGGAGAGCCACCCGGCUCCGGCCUUUCCGGACUCGGCCCCGUUCGACUGCAGCACGCGGUGGUGGUGGGACACUCGGCCACGGCUGCCGUCACAGCUGGACAGGGGAACAGGCGUCCUUGGGGUGUCCAACCUCCCUCUCCCCACCGCCACUGACCUCGGGGGCUCAUGGAGACGAGCAGCCAGACUUUGGGGGGACAUAGGAGAAAAGGAGGGGGGGGUUGCUCUAUUUUAGGGCCGAAGAACCAGCGUGGAGCUGGUACGUGGUGCUGCCAGGACGCCGGGGCCACCCCGGUGCCCUUCUCCUCCACGUCACAGCUAUUUAAGUGCCUUCUGCAGACAAUCGGCAAAUAAAGGUGCCUUUUUUUUGUA